AUCGUCACCAUUGGUGUCUGGUUUCUCGGUGCCAUCACCACCGUUACGGUAGACAUGGGCGGUAUCCGGCAGCAGCGCCAUGGCGGAUGUUCGCGCUCCUCCGCGCGUCGAUUGGAUUGGGAAAGCCAUCGUCUAUGUGCAUUCAGGCCCCACAACACACCCAAUGUUGCUACUAUUACUAUUAGUGUUGGAGAGGCUUAAUGGGGCGUCGCAACCAAACAAAAAAACCUCCCAUGUGGAUGAGGUCACCGUUUCGUGCACGAUUCAUGGGACCUCAACGGAGACGGUAUGUUGCCAGCUGUCGGCAUACAAACGCUUCCGGCAUAAAGACGCCGAAGUUCAUGGUGCAUUUUACCGAUCAGAGUACACAAACAAAUUGUGGCCAAAUCCGACCGCUGAAUUGUGGUCAUAUGGGGUAAAAAUAUAUCGGGGUGAUCGUGCGGAACAACAUGAUCUCCGGAGAGCUUUGUUGUGAUGGCAUUUAUAUUGAUCAUACCUCCCCUGAAGCGACCGUAUCGAUCGCUGGAGCGAAGCGGCCAAAAUUAUCCCCAGAGAAAGACCCAACAUAACUGAACUGAACCAAGCGGAAUGGAAGGUCAGCAUCGAAUAACUGGCUUUUUAUCGAUUAAUUUGUGUCGUUCCAGCCUUUCUACACUAUUUGCUUCAGUCGUUGGCUUCUCACCAACAUCGCGUGGACCACACUGGAGAGCGCGAUUCUCAUUGUGUGAAAUGGAUGAAAAUCACCGUCAGAGCCCGUUCCGGAUCGUGUCCGUCUUGUUGUCAUCGUUCCGGAAAUAGCUUUUUUUUUACCUCAAAUUGGCACAGCAAAUUGGUCUGCCAUUGGUGCUUUCUGAUCUGACCCCUCCACACCUGGGAUCAGAUGAUGGUAACCUUUUUCUUGAAAGGAUUUAAUUGCUUUCGCAUCGACUCUGACUGGUUACUCGGCAGGGUCCACAUGAUGCCGAGGUAUGUCGGAGUGUAAUCGUUGCGCGCUUGCACAAACGUCGUUUGACCUACUCGUUCUUACAGGAAAAAAAGACAUUUGCAACACUUUAACGUGACAUACGUUGUGUGGCUGUUUUGUAUUUUCCAGCCUUUUCACUUAUCUUACCGACCAGCCGGUCUCCCAGCGUUAUCGCAUCAGAUGGGACGGUGCCAAGUGGGACAAUGUACUGUGUACACGUUGUAGGGGAAGGUUGUGUUGCUGAUUCGAUGAACCAGAACCCAGAAUGCAAUCAUUGGAAGCACACAGCACAUGGAGACUAUUUGCUGGUUUGCAUGGAGUUGUGUUAAAGCUUAUUGCUUGGCUACGCUGCUUGCACAAAGACCGAAAGCCAUCCCGAUGGGCCUCGAUGAACACCACGAACAGGAUUGGCAGAAGCCCAGCACAGGAGAAUUUCAUUUUAAUUUAUCCCGUUUACGUAAUCUAGAAUUAUUGCAAAGCGAUGCGAAUGUUUUAUUGAUAUUGUCAAACGAGGCGCAAAACAACCGCUCAAAUUCUGCAGAACACUCGGGAGCUUGAGUAGGAGAGCAUGCUACGGUUCAACACAGAUUGAAUUUAUGGUUUAGCUGCCAUUCACGCAGAGCGGUAUGCAUGCAAGCAUUGAACCGUAUGUAUAGAUAGGUUACAGACAGAGAGGUCUCAAGCACCAGCACCAUAGCAGCAGAUAAGUGCAGGGAACCGAAGAAGCCUAAAAAUAACCAAACAUCGACUUCGAUCGUUCGGCUAUUCUACCAUUUACUACCAUCAGUGUGUAGUUCCCGCAAUAAUGGAAGCAAACUCACCAACCGACACGAAAAGGCAUUCUUUACGGAGCAGUUCUUGCUCUACUAGCCGAUACCACGGUUUCGCUGGCGCUUGUCUAGGCGAAUCUAGUGUCGCGAGUCCCCAAGGGCGCUAUUCGUUGCACAAUGCCUAAAAAAGAUGAAACAAAGUCGGUUUUAUUUCAUCGUUUCUGUUUUACUGGUCAGCUGGUACAGGUUACACCGGCACGACGGGAGGUGUAUGGGAUGGUAGUGCCAUAUUUUGCCCCAAAAGCUGCUCGUUUUGCUGAGAAGUGAUUUUCAUUUUCUCUUACUUUUCCGUCUCUCCAAGUACUUCCUGCUGUGGUGGAUUCCUCGGGACCUAAUAACGUGUGUCUGCGGUGCCUGUUCAGUGUUUUCCCAUAAGAAGCCAACUAACCCCUCUGUCCAAGCAGUACGGUUGUUCAAAUCUGUACAACAUUUUUCAACAAAUUGUUUGUUUAUUAACUUUAUAGGCCUUAGGCAGCACAGCGGAAUGAUGAUAGUUUAGUUUUUGUCAUGAACUUUCCUUUGUGGUUCCCAUCACAGGAGUCAAGAAACUAAAUGGCCCUACAGCAUCACGCAUUACACUUCGUCUGGGAGUCUUUUCCACGCCAAGACGCCGGCAUGCAACAUGAUGGAACGAGCACGAGAUGGUCGGCUUCGUGUGUUCUCCAGAAGAUAAUCUCUUUUUCUUUGGAACAAGAACUAGCGCAUUAGAUCAUAUGCCUGCAGCAUAAAGUUAAAGGUGCAACGUUUUGCGAAAGCAAUGAUCAGUACAGUGUGUGCACGCGGUGUUUAGCUGAUGCGUGUGUGCGGACGGAAGUGCGAUCAAGAUCGAUCUGUGGUGCCGGGCGAUGAUCGUUAAGUGACACCGUCGACGCGACCUGAGCAUCGUUUUAUUUCUUCCAACGGACCCCUGCAUCCCUCGCCACUACCAUGGAUUCCAAUGACUCUUUCAGUGCGAACGAGUUGAUCCCUGAAAGCUGUCUUGAAACGGAAUGGGUUGAGGAAACAGAGGUGUUAGCCAUUCUAAAACAAUGGGAAUCGCGGGGCAACGCGGCUCUGAAUAAAGCUGCGGACACCAUCUGGAACAGUACCGGUGGUAACAGCCUCAACAACAGUGUCACCAACAUCAGUAGCAACAACAGCAGCAGCACCAGCAACAACAGGACCGUUAUCAACCUCUCACAUAUGAGCAACGAUAGCGGCAUCAGCCAGAAACAAGAACAUGCACUCUCGAACACAUUCCCUUUGGGCGAGAGCUUGCGUCAAGACGACAAGCUACAGCAAUUGUUUCCUGACGAUAUUGAUAACCGAACGCGUGACGCACUCCAAAGUAUGCACAGCUCGAGUCUCAAAUAUGACACUCGAACGUUCGUUAGACCCAGGAAGAAAUUGGAAUCCACUUGGCUGCAAAACAGCACUGCUUCCAGUGAGGCAGCAACUACAUCAUCUCCUGGUAUAACUCAACAUGAGCUGACGGCGAACGCGUCACCUCUGUUGAAUGUUCAGAUCGGUGGUCCGGUAACGCCAUCGUUGGUCAACUCGGCCACCGGCAGUCGACUAAUGAUGCAGCGCAGCUUGUUGAACGACGUGUCGCCACCAUGCUCAAUAAUGAACUCGAUGGAGUACUCGACCAAUGAGAAGUUCACCAACAGUUUGAUCACAAGCGGUGACUUUAGUAGCGUCGGUUGUUUGCUUAACGCAGCUGACGCCGAUCUUGUUAGCGUGACCACUGGUGGCACUGACGCCAAUUACAACGGUUACAGCUUGUACAAUGUGAUGGAGGAUCGGCAACGGUUGGAGAAUCUGUGCCUCGACGAAGAAAGCACGCUCACAAAGGAUUGCAACAUCUCCCGGACGGAUCUCAACGCGAUUGAAAGCGUAUCGGGUGUUAGCACGAUGCAAAACUCAUACGAGAGCGGAGGCACCGGAUCAGGAGCUGCGGGUAGUAGUCGCAUGGUUGGCCCGGGAAAACUUUCGUUCGACGACACUGAAUCGGCGCUGUUAAACGGUGGUCCGUCGUCUGCGAAUACUACGCUACUAUUAGGCGUUACAACACCAGCAGUUUCCAAUGAUGUCAGAAAGGCAAGCGAAACGUUCCAGUUGCCAGUAGUAGCUGAUGAUACGAUGGAAGAGCAUAUCGCGGGCCUUCUAAACGGUGGUACGUACGAUAAGCGGCGACCGAGGAACUUUAACACCUAUCGUAAACCAAGAGCGUCGAUCAAUCAAACGUUCGAGGAAUUGCCGAAUGUGGACAACAGAGGAGUGGAAGGAGAGCAAACUUCAAACGAUAUUCCAGGUCCAGUGAAGCACACAAUUAUGAACAGUACCUUUGGUAUCGUAGGUGAGGAACAGCUCGGUGGCGGUACUGGUGGUAGUGUGGCAUCCAAUGCAACCUUUCUGGCGAAACCGAAGGUGGACGAUGGUGAAAACGAUGGUCGAUUACUCGAUCUAACGUUGGAUACACCGGUUGCUCCCGAGUAUAAGAUGCCGUUUGGUCGUACGUUCAAGCGUCGUCCACGCGGACAGUUUUCGGCCACUGAAGAGGAACUGGAAACGGAAAUGAUUAAUCCCAUUCUACCAGUGGUGGUACCAUCAGAACAAGUGGCACAACAAACACCGAGUAAAGGGAUUCGACAGAACGCCAACGGUAGCCGAAUGUUGGUUCAAUCGACACCAUUCUACGGGUCAUCGCAGCGUGCUGUUGGAGGUUCGGAGAAUGAUCUGCUAGACUUCGAUGUUUCUCUGAUCACCCCAACUGAUCCGACGGCCGGCGAGCUGUUCCCACAAACCCCGGUUCGCACCGGAGAUUCUAAACGCAGUACCGUCGUUCGGAGAAGUCGUAACCUCGAGCAAGACCUGCAGAGUGAGGGAGAGGCGUGCGAGACGGACGAUUUCGAUGUGCAAAUACGCCGUACUCCGGGAACCACCAACGGUAAGAUAACUGAUCCGUCGAACUUUCUGGAUGCCGAGAAGCGUAUCUCGCUACAGCAUUUCGAGGAAUUUGAAAAAUCGAUUCUCGAAAGUGAACACAGUGGAGUUGAUUUUGACGAGAUGCUAAACUCGCUGACAGCGGACGUGCGUCGGUCGGAUGAAAGCGACAAGCUGCGCCAGUCGCUCGACAACAUCAAGAAACGUCACUCGCGAAUCAAUCUCGAGAAGCAGCAGCAAGAUGAGAUGAAGCGAAAGUUGCAUCAGUUGGAGACGGGUGAUGGAAGCCUGAACAUCUCCACAACUACACCGCUCGACAAUAAGCUAGCGGAUUCGAUGACCAAAAGCUCCGGCAUGUCAUCAUCGAGCGGAAGCGAAAGAUUGCUCAAUCGUAGAAGUAGAUACAACGAGGAUCUUAAUCUCAGUCAGCAUCUACAGCAGCCAGAGCAAAAGCAAUUAAAUUCGACAAUCACUUUGUCGAAUGGAGAAAAUGGUGGUGGUGAUGAUAGUCAUCGCGGGGGUGAGAUCGAUUCUGCAGCCGAAUCGGAUCGUGUCUCUACUGGAGCCGACGUAGAGACGUACGACCGCAAGAAUCGGGAUCGAUUUAAGACAAUACGCAUCAUCAAAAAGAGAGAGGAUGACCUAUCGGUAGCGGUACUGCCGGACGCUGAUCAGCCAUUGGAAUCUGAAGUCCCCGGUAGCCAUGAGUUCCUAAAAUCUUCCCCCAACAACAGUACCAGCAACAGUAGUGCCUUUAGUCGCGUGGAUCACAAUUCACAGAGAAUGGGAGCAGGAACGAGAAUAGGAGCAAGUAAUCAGCAAAUGAAGAAGACUGAUGCAACAGGGGCAGAGAUGAUAGAGGAGGCGGGACAGGAAGUAUUUAAAAAGCCACAGGCAAUCGUACAACCAGUGAUGCAGUCAACAGGCCGUACUGGUCUCUCGAAGCCACGCUAUUACACUGGCGUACCGAGCGGCAUUGGAGGAGGGACGAUUGGAACCCUGCGCAAGGAUCUGUCACUUCCGCUGGGCACCAAAGCUAGUUCGAUUGAUAGUUUGGAGCAGCAGCAACACCAACAGCAACAGCAACAACAGAAUUCUCAAGCUUCACGCUUAUCGGCCAUUUCGAAGCUAGGCGGAGGCAGCGGUGGUCUCAUCGGCAGUGGCCGCUACGCUCAGUAUUCAGGACUACAGAAGCCUUCUUCGCAGCUGCAGGCCAAACAGCAACAACAGCAGGCUCCCGCACUUAAGUCGCCAAUGGGAACGAAAUCCAAGUCCUACCACAGUCUUACCUUUGCCCAGGCCGGCAAUAGUACAGGUUACGGUGGCUCCAGUAGCAACCUAUCGAAAGUACAUGGUUCUUCUGCGCUACAGCUUAAGCUAAAGCACAAUUCUAGCAACACUGAGCUGAAAAGUAACACAUCCAGGGUGCGUGCCUCGAUGCAACCGCAACAAUUACCAUCGGGUACGAGGACCGCAGCAACGGCGGCAGCAGCAGCAACAGGAGCUGGAGUAGCAGGAUCGUCCGGAGGAACCGCAGUCAUGGGGGGAAUCAUGGGACGUACCAGCUUGCCACUGGUGCGAUCGAACCAAUUCCCGCACAACAGCGGUACCACCGUUGGUGCUGUGGCUAACGCAACUGCAACACUGAACGCUACUACCACCAGCCCUCUUUCCGGUGUUCAAAUGCGCACAGCUAGCAGCAGCAGUGGAUUAGCAAAGACGUCUCGGCUCGGGCUAGUAAGACCUUCGUCCGGAUACUUCAGCUACAGCACGCACCGAAAGCACCAGGAUUCGGACAAUGAAUCCGUCAAUAGCCUCUCAUCCUCAUCCGCUAGCUCUAGAGGCAGCCUAUAUCGUGUAGAUAGUCAAAGUGUAGCGAACAAUGUACAAUCCUUUGCCACCGCGCCCACGAUCCCGUCGACAGCCGGAUCGAGACAUGGCAACAAUAGCGACGAUGUGAAUGGGAGCGCAACCGCAGCCGGUACGAAACUUAAUGGUGCCACAGGAUCAUCAUUCGGCACAGUGACGAACAGCGCGUCUACGACUGUAGCUGCAUGCAUCACGAAUUCGAAACCGUCCGGAUUACGGCCACCUUCGGCCUUAAGACCACCGUCGGUACGAAGCGGCCUGCCACGUCCUACGAGCUACAUUCGGCGAUGAAUAAGCCGUCCCAUCCCAACUCAACUUCUGCAGUAUUUCCUCAAAGCGUUGCCGUUCCAACUCGAUCCUAGCGUCUCGAUCGCACCUUAACCGGUACUUGUCAGUCUUACAAUCCGCGUGUUUGUUUUUGUUUUGUUUUUAUUCCCGGAACUGAAAGGCCAUUAAUUCGUAAUAAGAAGCGAGCUAAAGAGAAGAGGUGUCCACUCAAAUUGUAAACUAGUUUUCAAACCGUCACCGUAUUGUGUCCACAACGACCUUAUUUUACUCCUCAGUUAGAAUCGUGAUCGCGGUCUUCGAUCGCUCGUGCAAGCAAUGCGUUUCCAGUCCACAUAGGGUUUCCCUGUUCUGCAGCAUCAUUACGGUUGAUGAUGGAAGUGUAUGAAUGCUCGGGACCUUUUUUGUCUCUCUGUCACAAUCAGGCGUUUUUCGCACGUUCGUCAACCCACUAGCCAUCAUUGGUCUCCAUUAGUGGUCCAUCGGGAGCGGAUUGGUUAAAUAAGCAAACGAAACAAUAAUACUUAAGAUUAUUUAAAAUACGAAUGCCAGCAGAAAGAAUUUAUUUGGUGGCACGCCACAAAGCGUGUAGGACUCUUUUUUAUUUUAACAAUUAAACUCCUCGUUAUUCAUGUGCUUAUUAUGCGGUUCGAUCGCUCCGACACAUACUCCCUCGUACAUACAGAUUUUGUCACGUUACAUGUUAAUACUGUUAAUUCUCUCUUGUUCGGAACCCCUUUAUUCGUUUUUCCUUUCUUUUCAUUGGUUCUUUACCACAUCCGUAUUAUUUAAGCAUGCGCGUUUGUGUCUAAAAAUUUGUGAUAAUUCUUACGGAUGCUACGGUGUACGCUCCAUCAGAAGACCAUUACCUUGCCGACCUUCUAUCUCGAAGGCACGCUUUGUUUUGAACCUCGUUUCAUGGUCAUAAACGCACACUGGCAAAACAAAAUUAGCAAAGAUAAAUCAAGAAAAUAAAUCUUCUCUCUAACUUACACUAGCGCUUGAGUCAUCGCUACUGCGAAAUACUUUUUUCAAAAAUUCGCAUUCCCGAUUUCGACUUGAAUUAAAUAAAAAUACAAAUGCAUCUUUGCGAGUGGAUCGAUAAGGGAUGACUGGCGCGAGUGAAAUGUAUGAUCAAUAUUAAACGAAGAUGACGCUCGAGUAUGAUUUGCCGGUAGGAUGAGCCCGAGAAGAACCAAAUUGGAAGCCCUUUAUGACUUUCGUUUGAGUCUGUUACAAGCGUUAUCAACCAAGGAUAGGAAACGCUCCAUCCACGGUCAACAACGAGCAACGGCGAACCGAAAUUUGCAAAAAUUACAAGAGAAGAUCGGUUAAAUUGAAUCGCAAAAGACUACACGACCUAACGCAAUAGAUAGUAGCUAGUUAGUUUCAGUGUACGCGGGGUGCUUCCAGAAAGGGAAACAAUAUCAGGCCAGAGCACACGUCGCCCUUUAGCCGAUCUGCAAAUAAAGAAUCGGCAAUGGAUUAAUGUUGGCCCCGCGGCAUCUUUAUCCGGUUCUGGAAAUGAAAAUUAUACAUAUACACUUAUUUAUACAGUAAACAGAACCCUCUGUGUAGGAUGAUACGGUAAAAUGCAAACCAAAUGGUAGUUACUUUCUUCAAUUGCCACUAUCACACCAGCUUAAUGUUACACAUGAAAUGGUAAGUAACGAUUCACUGGGCGCAAGCGGUCGCGAACUAUAGUGUUCAAAUCGUUACACAUCAGCGACGCUGGAAUGAUUAAAAAAGGUGAAACACAACAGUCACGGAUCGAUUAGGAGAAAGGUGAUGCCGUGGCUUUCUGGGACCUUGCAUUCGAUUCUCCAUGAACCCAAUAUUUUUAUCACGUGUGAAAACUACAGCUGUUCAAAAAGGCUCCACCACACAUAACUACCUUUGGACAAUAAUUUAAUGAUGAAUGUUCUCAAACAGAUAAUUUUAAAAUCAUAUUGUUUGUAAAAAAGGAAAUACCAUUUAUAAGUAACUCACCUUAUAAGAAAAUAUUGAAGCAUCAAAAGGUACAGUC